AUGGCUACACCAGGAACCCAAUACAUGAUGCAAUUUGGCCUAGCAGCCGGCAUGUCUACACAAGGCUUGCACCCUCCACACCCUAAGUCUGUGGACCCCCAUCUCAGCGACCCAGUUGACAUGCUCCCAACUGGCCUGAUCCCAACCCUCUUCCAGGGCAUGCCGCGAGACUCGUUCGUCGUGCAAACCAAAUGGCUUUCGACGCCCGAUAUGACCAACACAAUCCUUCAAUCCGGUGGACCGAAGUCCAAGCUCCGCGAUUCACUUGAGCGACUCCAGCUGGACUACGUUGAUAUCUACCUCGUCCACGGUCCGAUCCAUCCUACUGUGAUCGCAAAGGUCGCCAAAGGCCUCGCGGAUUGUGUAGAGUCAGGCUUGACCCGUGCUGUGGGAGUCGCCAACUACAGUACCCAGGAGAUGAUCAAGAUGGCAGAUGAGCUUGCGACGCAUGAUGUCCCACUCUCUGUCUGUCAAUGCGAGUACUCGGUCAUACGUCGCCUGCCGGAGGUAAACGGUAUGAUUCGAGAAUGCAAGAAACGGAGUAUUUGUUUCCAGGGCUUUGCUUCCCUCGCCGAAGGUCGUCUCUCGGGCAAGUAUUCACGGCUCAAUGAGACUCCACGGAGACGUCGAUUCAGUAGUUAUCCGAUGCAUAUGCUGGAGCCUACUAUCAAAGUGCUCCAAAGUAUUGCUGAAGAUAGGCAUGUAACUGUUCCAGCUGUUGCAUUGAACUAUUGUAUCAAUAAGGGCGUUGUUCCUCUGGUUGGUGUUCGUGAUGCUGAGCAGGCGGAACAGAAUAUGCAGGCGCUGGGGUGGCGAUUGACAGAGCAUGAGAUGAGGCGAAUUGAAUCUGUCAGUAUGGAGGGGCAGACAUCUUCAUCUUUGCAGCAUGGCUAG